AUGAGAAAAUAUAAUGGAAACGUCAAAAGAAGCAGAGACGACGAAUAUGAAGAGAAUGAAAUUGUAAAUGGAGAGCGGACUAGCAUAACAUUAGUCCGAGCAACUUUAUUACCAAUAUUAAGUAUAGGUAAGAAUGAAAAGACAACAUUAUUUCAUCCUUUUAAAAAUCCCUUACCUGGGUUUGUAAGUGAUAAGACGUUGUAUUUGAAAAAGACAUUAGGUGUUAAGGUGAGAAGAACCGGUUGGAUAAAUUUGAUGAAGAAUUCGAUUCCUAGAAGAUCUGAUGAAACAGAAGAACAAGAAAAGAUAGAAGAAGUUAUAAAAAAGCAUGAACCGUUAAUUUUAUACAAAGACGAAAAUGAUAAGAUUGAGGUUGAUCCUAUAUUAGCUCAAUAUUUAAGAGAACAUCAAAGAGAAGGUGUUCAGUUUGUUUUUGAAUGUUUAAUGAAUAUAAAAGAUGAUAAAAUAAGUGGAUGUAUAUUAGCUGAUGACAUGGGUCUUGGAAAAACAUUACAGAGUAUAACCGUUUUAUAUACUUUAUUAAAACAAGGAUUUCAUAAAAAGUCCGCUGUACGUAGAUGUUUAAUAUUAUGUCCAGCUAGCUUAAUAAACAAUUGGAAUGAUGAAAUAAGUAAAUGGAUUCCAAAUAGAUGUAAUGUAACAUGUGUAAAUGAUAAUGCAAAAGAGAAAAUUGUAAGUAAAUUAGAAGGAUUUAAAUAUGACAUACAAUCUACUGUCUUGAUAUGUUCUUAUGAAUGUUUUCGUAUAAAUAAUGAAUUUCUAGAUAAAUCAUCAAUAGAUAUGAUAAUAUGUGAUGAAGCACAUCGUUUAAAGAAUGAUAAAACAAAAACAUAUACAAGUAUUUAUAAUCUCACUGCAAAAAAAAGGUUAUUAUUAUCAGGAACUCCAAUACAAAAUGAUUUAGGAGAAUUCUAUGCUUUAAUAUCUUUAUGUAAUCCUGAUUUAUUUGAUGAUAUAAAUUUUUUUAGGAAAAAAUUUGCCAAUCCUAUAUUGAUAGGUAGAGAUAAAGAUGCUACGGAAAAGGAGCAAGAGAUAGCAUCUGAACGUUUGACAGAAUUAUCUAACAUUACAAAUAAAUUUAUAUUAAGAAGAACAAAUAAUUUAUUAUCUAAAGUAUUACCAGUGAAAUAUCUCAUCAAUAUAUUUAUUAAGUUAAAUCCUAUUCAGGAAGCUUUAUAUGUGUUAUUCUUGAAGGAUAAAAAGAUAUUAAAGAACGAUAAUACAAAUAAUAAAGUGAAUGUAUUAAUAAAUAUAAAGAAACUUGAAAAGAUAUGUAACCAUCCAUUGUUAUUAAAUGUAAAUGACAUAAAGGAAAUUGGACAAGUAACUUUAUGGAAAUUGAUAGAAGAUGUAAUAUGUGAGAUGCAGACAAAUAUGAAGGUCUCGAAUAGGGGCAAUAAAAGAGAUAAUAGAAACGAUAAUAAAAAUGAUAGUAAAAGUGGUUGUGUAUUAAAGGUCGAUAAGGGUAUGUCGUCAAUAAGUAAUAAUAAUAUGAACAAUGUGAAUGAUAUGAAUAAUAUAAACAGUAAUAUAAAGAGUAAUACCAAUUUAAGGUGUGGUAGUAGGGGUAAUCAGAAUGAUGGCUCGGGUUAUAUAGGAAAUAAAAGAAAACCAAUUGAAUUAGACUACAACAAACCUGUAAAAAGAAUUAUUGAAGAAUGUAAAAGAGAUAUUUAUAGAUCGUAUUAUAAUUUUUCAUGUAAAUUUUUAUUAUUACAUUUUUUAUUAAAAAAUAUAAAACAAAAUACUAAUGAUAAAGUAGUGAUUGUAAGUAAUUAUACACAGACAUUAGAUUAUAUGGAAAUUUUAUGUAAAGAAAAUAUGUAUAAAUUUGUACGUUUAGAUGGAGGAAUAAAUAUAAAAAAGAGACAUAAAGUUAUAAAUGACUUUACACAUACUGCUGAUAUAUUUAUAUUUCUUUUAUCAUCUAAAUCAGGAGGAUGUGGAAUAAAUUUGAUAAGUUCAAAUCGUUUAAUUUUGUUGGAUCCUGAUUGGAAUCCAGCUAAUGAUAAACAAGCUUUAGCAAGAGUUUGGAGAGAAGGUCAGAAAAAAAUUUGUUAUAUAUAUCGUCUUUUCUGUACAGGUACUAUAGAUGAAAAGGUGUAUCAAAGACAAAUAAGUAAGGACGGCUUAUCUAAUAUGAUAGUAACAACUACAAAUUUGUCAAAAGAUCAAAUGUCUGAUGAAAAUGUAAAGAAAUUGUUUAAUUAUAAAAUGAAUACUGUAUCAGAGACUCAUGAUAAUAUUGAAUGUAACCGGUGUAGUUUAAAUGGGGUUUCCCCUAACAUACAUAAGGUUACUCAUGUUGAUUCGAUAAAUAGAAAUAAGUCUAAAGGUAAAAAUGAUAAUAAUAAUAAUAAUAACAACAACAACGAUAGUAAUAGUAGUGGUAAUAGUAGUGGUAAUGGUAAUGGUAGUGGUAAUAGUAGUGGUAAUAGUAGUGGUAAUAGUAAUGGUAUUAGUAAUUGUAAUAGUAAUGGUAUUAGUAAUUGUAAUAGUAAUGGUAAUAAUUAUAAAAGUGAUGAUGAUAAGAAUUAUAUUGAUGGUGAACAUUUUGCUGAACAGCUAGAAGACUUCGAAGAAGACGAUGUUAAUACUUGGGCACACCAUCAAAAUAUAGACACGGUUCCUGAUAAUAUUUUAAUAAAAGCAGUUAAGGAUGCUGAAGAAUAUAAGAAAAAUGAUAUGAAUAGUAUGCCGCUUCUUCAAAAACUUACCCACGAUUUUGUUACCUUCACAAUGAGCUGCAAAAUAGAAUACAGAGAUGAUUUGAUCAAGCAGAAGUCGGAGCAAGCUAAGAUGCGGGAGAAGGGGGCCAGCGAGGCAAGUGGGAAGAGCAUGAAAGAGAUGAAAUUAGAGUUGCAAGAUGGCAAAAAGGGGAAGGGACAUAAAAAUGGUAAAAGAGAAGAAGAUGACGAUGAAGAUGAAGAUGAAUUUGAUGGUGAUGAGGAGGAUAACGACGAAGAAGAUGAAUUUGAUGAUGAUGAGGAGGAGAACGACGAAGAAGAUGAAUUUGUUGAUGAGGAGGAGGACGAUCGUGACGAAUCAAAUGAAUCUGAUGAUGAUGUGCAGGAAGUUGGUGUCCAUUCAGGAUUGGAUAAAAUAAAAAAUAAAAAAAUGGAGAAUAUUAUUGAGAGUGAUAGGGACGAGCCGAGUGAUGCAUGUCGAAAGAAGCUUAACGAAUUGGUUCAGUAUCAGAGGGAAAGGAAAAAGAGAGAGGAAGAAUUAUUGAAUAAAAAGAGGGAGCCAUUAAGUGACGACGACAAGGAAAAGGGCAACAUUAAAAGCAACAUUAAAAGCAACAUUAAUAACAACAUUAAAAGCAACAUUAAUAACAACAUUAAAAGCAACAUUAAUAACGACAUUAAUAACGACAUUAAUAACUUCACUAAUAACAUCACUAAUAACAUCACUAAUAACGACAUUAAUGGUAGUGGUAGUGGUAGUGGUAGUACUAGACAUGAUAUCAAUAUUGAGAAUAAUAACAUGAAGAAGGAGGAUGAAACAAGUUAUGGUAAUAAUUCUCACAAUAAAAAUAAAAACGAAGAGAAAAUCAAAAAUAGUAAGGAUGAACCAUCUAAAAGAAUUACAAGAAAUAUGAGCCACAGAAGUUUAGUUGAACUUCUUUCUCAAGAUGAAGAUUCAAAGGAAAGUUUAACCAUGUCAGAGGAUAUAGAAGAAAUGUCCGCCGAAAAUGUAAGUACUGAUAGUUCGUAUUUUAUAUAG